AUGUCAACCACCACGAGGAUAGUGUCACCUCCUGAUUUUGCUGGAGCUCCACACUCAAAUACACAACCGCGUUCGCGUGCUCAGAGGACAGUCGACUUGGAUAUUGAUGGAAUCAGUGCCAGUGCCAGUGGCAGCAGUGGCAAUAGCAGCAGCAGAAGCAGCAGUGGUGGUGUUGGUGCGAGCCGCUCCCACAUUCGCCAAACAACAACAUCAUCGUCUUUACCUCUAACGUACCUCUCUUUGCCACCAUUGAUUUCCAACUCUCGCCUCCGUCCUAAUCGAACACCAAGCCCAUUAACAACCACCCAACAGCCGAGGCCAUCCGACUCCCCUCCACCCCAGAAUAUCCAAACAUCACUUUGGGGAGAACCAGCGAGCGCAUCAUCAACACACUUUGAGCUUCCGCCAAUCGGUUCCUGGGAAAAUGACCAUUCCGAGUCUUUGCAUAACGCCGAUUUAGAGAAUUCACUGCUCGCUGCCGAGAUCGAGGACGAUUUCCUCGCCGACCUUGCCGAUGGUGAUUUUUCGUCGCCCUCAUCGUACCCACCGUUCACGAACCCCGAUUCACGGCCGAGUCAGUCCCAUAGCGUAAGCCUUCAAUCAGCCGUUCAGGCUCCCACGCCGCAUCGUGCAUUCCGCAACACCACCGCAUCCGCCACCACAAAUACAACGGCCCCAGAACUAUCGUCCACCAACUGCAUCCUCCACCCUUUUGGCCCUGAGCGAACAACAACACAGCUCUCCUCGGCUAGCAACUCUACUGGCGAAUCUCAAGCAUCGUUGCCUGUUUUCGACUCCCUCGAGGAGAACGACUUCUUCUUCGAUAGUCCUGCAAGCUCCUUCUCCGAAGCUAUGCCACCCGCAACUCGGCGAAGUACCACAGCUGCGGCUGCUCGAACUGGUUCAGUACACGCGAAUAAACGACGAAGAACAUCAACGACUGCUGCACCCGCGGCCCCCCCGCGGCCCCGGCCCACGUCGAGACAGAGAAAGUCACCCGCAACCAGCAAAGAUAUGAAUGCUGAACUAUUCGGCACAAGCCCAACUCGGUCCCCUAUCGACGUUGAAGCCAAAGCCGAAUUCGACACCAUCGAUCUGACCGAGACCAAUGAAGUGUUCGAGGAAGGUCGAAAGCCAGAAAAGGAUGAUCGCGUCAAGCUUGCUGCCUUUCAAUGUGUCAUCUGUAUGGACGACUGCUCUAACCUCACAGUCACACAUUGUGCCCAAGGCCAUCUAUAUUGCGCUUCCUGCUUGCAUCAGUCUCUUAAUGUCGACGUCACCAAGGGAAAAUGUCCCAUGUGCCGUCAAAGACUUGACCUGAAGCCUCGAGAAAGCUAUAACAGCAAGACCAAAGGAUACUGGCCCCUUGAACUGAAGCUCAUGACUGCCACACGGAAAGGAAAGCGCAAGGCCAAUACACUGUCUUGA